AUGAAUCUAGGUGCGCAAGCCAUCAUUCCUAUGAGACCUAGGCCCAAGCCAACCAAUUACCCACGCAAACGCGGCAUCCCCGUUGUCGUCACAAAGCAGAGUAAAUGUCCACUACCGUACUUUGCUCAUCAACAGCUCGAUCUCGCGUACUUUCCCCGAGAUAUCGGUCUUCCAGUGGGUCGUCCCAAGGCUGAAAAUGGCGACAAUGCCGCCUGGGAAGAUGACGAUAGCGACAAUGGUGCUGAUCUCGAAUCAGAUGCAGGAGAGGCAACUCGUCGCAAGACUGACUUUAUCGGCAGCGAUAUCAAAGCUGCUGAUGUCAAGAGCAUGAAGAUGCGAGGUGGCCGUCCCGCGAUUGCCAAAAAAGUGACGGCGGAUCUCGACUCGGACGAUGAACUGAUUGUUCGUAUGAAGGAGGCACGUUUCUUGGAGAGAGAUAUUGCGCAGGCCCUUGUCGACCAAGGCCGCAUCGCAUACAACCCAAAAACCAUUGGUACUCGCUGGAGACGCAUCAAAGCCAAACUGCAAAAGAGACAGGACGAUCUGUUGGAUGCAGACUUGACUGACUGGCAUGAUGGAGAUGACGAUGUUCUACUUCAAGCUGUAAUCAAGGCGGAUGCAGAGGUCGACAGACUCAAGGCUGAGAUCGAUAACCGAAAAUGGCGCAUGGUAGCUGACUGCAUGAAGAACAUGAAGCCUGUCAUCAACUUCUCCCAGAAUGCCUGUCAUUCUAGGUACGACGCGCUCAUGGCCGGAAAUGCCAAACCUACUCCCGAGUCUAUACCCAACCCAGGCCCUGAAGUUCUGGAGCGGAUUCAGUCUCGUAUCAACAAAGAAGCUAGACUUGCCAAAGAUCAACAACCCGAUGUGCAACAGGCGAAUAUCGCAGGCAACGCCUGGAGUUCUCGUCAGCGUCACUAUUUUUAG